AUCAGCAGACGCAGCCUCCACUGUUGAAACCCACAGUGCUUUAUCACUCCCAAGCCACUCCUCAAACCCUGCUCUGAGGUUGAAUGAUGCCUGUUUGUAAUGAAAGCACUUGGAGAGCUGGCGUCUCCCAACUUUAGCAUGGUGCAGUCAAUGCCCACAGUAGCUGCUCAGUGAAUAUUGGACCAAAUGGUAUUGGGCAUCCAUGCUACACCUGCAGAUGGGAGCGGCAGCCAGCUCAUCCCCAGGAACCAGCAUGGCACAGAUAACUCUUGUCCUCCUCUUUUUUCUCAGUAAGGACAAAAUCUGUGCUCAGGGGAGAAGGGCAUAGCUUGCCCCUCCCUUCCCUCCUCAGCCAACAGUUUGACUUCCCUUCUAGAGAGGUGAGAGAAGGUGUGACAGGCCAAGUUUCCUUUGCUCCACCCCAUCGCGUUUUCCCCAAACACCCAGCGCAGGUUCACCUCUGGCAGAGCUGCUUUCCAGCUCCUGCAGGUCGGACUUGGCUCACCUGCACCCGGGACUCCGCAGGCCUCCGCGGGACGGGCUCACCUGCACCCGGGACUCCGCAGACCUCCGCAGGACGGGCUCACCUGCACCCGGCACCGCCUCCAGCAUGCAGCGCCUCACCGCCGCCACCAGGGCCGUCCUGAUCCUCAGCCUGGCCUUAGCCUCCUUCCACUCGGCUUGCUCGGCAGAAGCGAGUGGCAGCAACAGCUCAGCCUUGACCGCCCACCGCCCAGACCCGGGGACCCUGGAACAGUGCCUCAAUGUGGACUUCUGCCCACAGGCAGCCCGGUGCUGCCGCGCAGGGGUGGACGAGUACGGCUGGAUCGCGGCGGCAGUUGGCUGGAGCCUCUGGUUCCUCACUCUCAUCCUGCUCUGUGUGGACAAACUGAUGAAGCUGACUCCGGAUGAGCCCAAGGACUUGCAAGCGUGAGAUCCAGGCUCGGUGCACAAAACGGUGAUCGCCACCAGUCGGGCUAAUGGGGGAGGGGAGUAGGGCUAACAUAGUUUCUACUGUUUAAAAGUCAUUUUCACCUUU